UAUUUUUAUUGGAGGUUAAUUAUUUAUACACUCAACAGCUGAGCUGUGUCAAUUCAAAAUGUAUUACCAACAGAAUAACUCAAAAACAUGAAUAUCAUUGAAAAAGCAAAAAUAGGAAACAUUUCAAAUAAAAGAAAUUCAUUCCUGAAUGACAACUUCUAUCUUAAAAAAUAUUCUUCAAUCUGAAGAGACAAAUAUUUAUGCCUGUUCAUCAAUAUUUGAAAUGAAAAGCAAGAAUUUGAAUGAUUCCGAGUUGAUUUUUGUUCAAAAUUUUAGGCAACGCUAUUUUAAAGGCAUUGAAGGGCAAGUCAUUCCACCAAUCAGAAUGCAGUAUCACAAACUCUGCUGAUUCCCUGGGCUCUGCUUCUGCUAAAGUAGGCUAGCCUACUGAUCUGUUUCUGUGUUUCCCAAAUUGUUUCUAUUUGCUGAAUUUCUUGAGUUUUAUAAUGAAAAUGUCGUUAUGGUUUUAAAUUAUAAAUAUCUUUUAAAAUCGUAUUUAUUUUUCCGUUUGAAAAAACUUUGUUUUAACAGAUGACUUGAUGUAAUAUGGCUGUGAACCAUGGAACUAACAUGUGUGUAAGUGAUGAAGAAGACGAUUCUGAAAAUUGUUUACAAGCUCCAGAGUUACAAGGAUAUCUCAGCAAGUGGACAAACUAUAUACAUGGCUGGCAAAAUAGGUACAUCGUUCUAAAAGACGGCACACUCUCCUAUUACAAGUCUGAGCAAGAAUCUGGUUACGGUUGUAGAGGAGCUAUCAGCCUAUUCAAAGCCACAAUCAAGCCUCAUGAGUUUGACGAAUGUCGGUUCGAUGUGUCUGUGAAUGACUGUGUAUGGUAUCUGCGGGCUGAAACUGCAGAGGAUAAGCAACAUUGGGUUGAUAUACUAGAAGCUUUCAAGGCUGAAUCUGAUUACGGUAGCGAAAAUAGUUUGAAAAGACAUGGAAGUGCGGUUUCUCUUACUUCAAACACUCUGUCCUCCACUUCAGCGUCCAGCUUCAACAAAGGAAGAGGAUUGAAGGAGAAGUUGGCUGAAAUGGAAACAUUCCGAGACAUUCUAUGUACACAGAUGGAAACACUUCAAGGCUAUUUUGAUUCGUGCGCUGAGACAGAAACAAUGAAAAAGUCUUCCGAAACUGAUGAAAACAAGUCAGAGCUAGCGCUGAAGAGCGCGGUGGACUUCAAGGGUGAGGCGAUGACGUUCAAGGCGACGACGAACGCAGUGCUGACAACACUGGGCCACUGCUUGGACGCGGUGACGCAGCGCGAGGACAUGUGGCGCAAGCGACUGGAUCGCGAGUCGGAGCGGCGGAGGCGGCUGGAGGACAUGUGUCGCGCCAUCAAGCAGCAGGCCGGCAAGCCGGUCAUGCACGGCGGACCUGAUCACGAGGAAGGACCACACAGCACACUACACGAGGACGAGUUCUACGACGCAGUGGAGUCCGGGCUGGACAAGUUGGAAGAGGAGGCCGUCUUUAGAGAGCGCCUCAGCAAGCAGUCUGCCACCUCCCCUCUCCUGCCACUGCGCACCUCCUCUCGCGCAGCUCAGCACCAUCUCUGGCCACAAAUAGAGCAAGUGACGCGGGAGCAGAUUCACUACGCGCGCAUGGGCCUGGGCGAGGGAGGCUGGCAGUUGUUCGCCGAGGAUGGCGAGAUGAAGAUGUAUCGCCGCGAGGAGACCACCGCGGACGGGCUCGUCGUCGACCCGCUCAAGGCCUGUCACGUGGUGCGCGGCGUCACCGGCCAUGAGAUGUGCCACUACUUCUUCAGUCCGCAGUACCGGCAUGAGUGGGAAGGCACUCUGGAGCAGAUGACAGUGGUGGAGACGAUAGCCGACGACACACUGGUGUUCCUGCAGAUCCACAAGCGCAUCUGGCCGGCGUCGCAGCGGGACGCUCUCUUCUGGUCUCACAUCACCCAGGUGCCAGACCAGCAGGACCACGACAACGACCCCAACGUCUGGGUGGUCGUCAACCAUUCCACGCACCAUCCCCAGCAUCCGCCAAAGACUGGCAAGUAUGUACGAGUGGCAUUGACAGUGUGCAUGUACUGCCAGACAUUGGUCACUCCUCCAGCCAGUGGUGAACAAUUGACUCGUGACAACAUCACCUGCAAAAUAACAUACUGUGCUGUUGUGAACCCAGGAGGCUGGGUCCCUGCUUCAGCCCUUAGAGCCAUCUACAAAAGGGAGUACCCAAAAUUUUUGAAAAGAUUCACCAAUUACGUCAUUGACCAAACUAAAAACAAACCAAUCUUCUUUUGAGAUUUCUAGUCUGGUGGAUUAUACUCCAUCACAAAAUUCAUGUUCAUGCAUUGGUUUAUAAGAAUAUAAUACGGUAUGUAAAAAAAUUGUGUAUAAUCUUUAUAUGUAUGUAAGAGAUCUUGCAGAGUUAAUUGAUUACCACUGAAGAAAAACAUACAUAUUUAAAUAUAUAAUAUACUAUAACGCUUCUAAGAUAGGUAACUGAAUUGUAAAAUGUUAUGCAUUGUGUUGAGAAAAGUAAAUCUCACAGAAAUUCAUUCUUCCAUGAAAAUGGUUCCAACGGUAUGAAAUGCUGACACGUUGAUUAGUAUGAGUGUUACGCUAUUAUUGCCAAUUCCAAUUCUGUAAAUAAUCCAACUAGUCUUGUAUAUUCUGUCGCUUAAAGUUUUAUACUGGUAUAAAUUAGGUGUUGAAUAAGCUAUCUACUCUAAAUGUUGGAAGUAGUGUUAAGCUGUGGAGAAAACUCAUAUUCGUGAACUUGUUUCACAAUUUCCAUUGCAAUACCAGAUUUGUGUUUUGGAUAUUUAUGUUAAUAAUCAUUAUUGUGAACAAAGUAAUUGAUCAAAUUUUGAAAAUUCUGUUUCCGUACCUUUUGAUGAUAGGGUAUUGAACUUCAUCUGCAAUUUACCCAUACGUAGGUAGUACCAUCUUGAAUUACCUACCUACAACAGAUUUUUGCUGUUCGGUUUUUAUAAUUUUUGUGAUACGAAAAAUGUUUGUAGUUUGUGAUUUUUGGCUCUUGUGGCCUGGAGAUUGAGGCACUUGUUACUAUAGAUUGCACUUGAGAGAAUCUAUUUAGAGAAUAGGCUAUUAAAGCUGUAUAGCAUAUAAACAUUAUAAGAGAUCUUUCCGAAGUUUCUAGAAGUGUUCCAAAUGUCUUCAUUCAACCAGGCUGUGUAAUGCCCUUGAAUCUAAUAUAUAAUUCUAUAUUGUUGAACUUUUAUAAUCUUACAUAAUUACCACGAAAUCGCAAACAUGUAGGAACUUGUACUUCCUCCAAUUUCUUUUCGAUUGAGUUUUGAACAUUUAUUUCUAGAGAUUUUUUAUGUACCCUAUAAUACGAGAAAUAUUCUGUCAUCAAACCCAUUAUCCAUUCUAAAAGUAUUUCUGUAAAUUCACUCACCUUUUUCAAGGCACUGAAAGUAAUUCAGUUAGAAAAAUACAGACCUUUCAAGCAAAAGCUAUACAAAAAUUGCUCUUAUGAUUUUAUGCAAUGAUUUUCAAUUGAAUUUUCUCAUAAUUGAAUAGGUGAUCCUUUUUUACUUUCUGAAUAAUUAGAAACACAUUAUAUUCUGUAUGAUGAGAAUUUUUUGAAAGCCAAAGAAAUCACGUAAUGCUGUGGUAUUUUAAAAAGUCAAUCAGUGACAGUUCAAUUACUCUUAUUAAUUAUUAUAUCUUACAACUAUGUAUACUUAAAUAGACCACUAAAAAACUUACGCUAGAGUGCGUAGUUGCUGGCAACUGAAGAAGGAUGCCAGAUUAAUUAUAGUUUUAUCAAAUGGACAAUUAUUACUCAAAUAAUAAUCAUUAUUAGCCUAAUAUAAAACUUGAUCACUUCGAGCUAUCUUUUUGUGAACAAAAUAGUUGAAAAUAUAUCACAUAAUAUAAUUAUUGUAUAUCCUAUGAUGUACCCAUGUUGAAAAUGUAUUCGUAAAACUCUAGUGAGUAUGAUGCACAAAUCCAGAGAAUUGGCUAUGAUAAUCUCACAAAUAGAAAUACAGUUGCUAAAGUGAAUAUAAGCUGAUACUAGAUUGGAUUUUUGAAAUAACAAGCUACUUAUGUUAUAAACUGCUGGUUCUCGUGUUCGUGUAUAAUUUAAUUCGUAAAGCAGUAAUCGAAUUUAUAAUAUCCAUAAUAAUUAUAGAAUGUAAUAUUUUUUUAAGAAAAAUCCAUUUUCUAUGGUUUGAAGACUGCAGUUCUGGUCUUCGAGGAAAUCGGCAAUCCGAAUGUUUUUCCUAUCAUUAUGAAUUAUUAUUAAUUUCAAUGAAACUAGAAAUUCUAUAGCUGAGAUAAAUUUGCAAAUCAUUUAAUGCGUUUCUAGUUUAACUUAGUUUUAUGUAACUGCAUGAAAGUGUAUCAUUUAGUUGCGAUAGCGGUUUUAUGAAAUUGAAUAUUUUGUAUACAAAGAUGUAUAAAUAUCUAUUUUUUGUAAUAAUCCAAAAUUUGUAUAUAAGUGAUCAUUUUAUAGCAAACAGUGAUGAUUAGAACUGUUUAGGAAAUGUUCUUGUAUGUUAUUUAUAGUAUCUUCCAGUUGAAAUUUAAUCUGACUUUGUAUCAAUAAAGCCAUGGUUACUACAGAAGAGUAACCGUGAAUGAAACAACAUUAA